AUGCAAGUUGCCGAUGUCACGGUAAAUUUGUUCAACGAUUUUACCAGUUCGUCAACUUUGGUGAGUACAAUUCUUUUAUCAUUAAAAUAUGAAUUCAUUCACUAUAAACAAUAUCGACUUAUACCGAUCUCUGUAAGUUUUCAUUAAUAGGGUAUAAGCGGUGGAAUACAAUCCGAAAAAUGAGAGUUUAAGGCCCUGUUUACACUAUACCGGAUUCGCUGGUCACGACAUCUUCUUUUGCCGCUACGGAGCAAUGGUUAUAGUAGCAAAUGCUUAUUAGUUUGACAGAAUUGGCAUGUUUAUUUGGGUCUCUGAGAUUAAAGAUCUUCACAGCCUUUCGAUACCUACAAAAUUUGACCCACUCCGACAGCAAUCCGGUAUAGUAUAAACGGGGCCUAAGUCUCAUGUUUACUUGUAGAUUAUAAGAACUCGCCACAAAUCUCGGUGGUGUCGAUAAGUUCAAUUGUAGAGAUGUGUACAUAUUUGCGAGCAGUAUUGAGUUUAAAGCCCGAGUCGAACGAAGACGAGAUAUCGCGUGACAAUGCCAGUCACGCAACCCGCAACGUUUGUUAUAGAUGCUCAAUGACACACUAUCAACAUUGUCGGAAACCUUAAUUAUUUCACCGUCGCUUAAAUCUUGUGUGCUUAUGAAUUAGCCUAUAAGUCCUCACUUCUUCCUCUGAACCGGCAGAGCAGCAAACUAGAUUGCAAUAAGGGUUGCCAGCAUAAAACUUGCGCCUUGUUUAUAUAGGAUGAGAUCUUAUCAUCAAUUUUUUCUACCAGACUAAUUGACACUGAUUCACGGCACGAAGGUAAUAUUCAACAGUCAAAUUAAAUAUAAAAUUCAAUAUUCAAUAAUCGUAACGAUUCUUGGUUAUCAGAACCGUCUUAUAGUAUAUAUCCUGAAUUAAGAAGUCUUAAAAAUGACUAAAGCUUAAAAUUGGCAACGGAAUACACUAAGAAAUUUACGAUAAAUAAAAGUAUAUGUACUCUACUAAAUUAUGCAGAAUAGUUUAAACAAUAAUAACAUUUGAAGACAAAGAAUUCUACUGAAAUCUUAGUUUUACAAGCAAUAGUUUACAAAAGACAAGAUCAUACACAUUUUCUCUAAGCCUAAGUGGUUUGGGAAGACGACAUAUAGAGGGUAAUCAGUAUUCUUUACUUGCUCCAAGUAUUCCGCCUUUCCGUGUACACACGCUAUAAAUGUUGACAAUGGCGGCACUUGAGAUAGAUUCCUGUAGAUGUCAGUACUGCGGGGUUUAUCGCUCAACCGAUUUUGAGAUAUUGUUGGGAUCUCGAUCGAUUGAAUAAUAAUUGAAGGGUCUUGUAUAGAUGGAAACUAACGAGUGUGCGUUCAUACACAUUUAUUUGACUUAACUUGAAACAGCUGCGAAAAAUACAACAAAGGGUUCCCGGCCGGGGAUCGAACUUGCGACCGAGCGCCUCCGGUACAGUGCUCUAACCGACUGAGCUAGAGAGCCCAGUUGUCGCGCUCUAACCACAAGUGCUGCCAUGUUAGGUUAUGGGUAAAUAGAAUAAAUAAAUGUAAAUUUUAUAAAUUUACUUAGACUUAACUAACAGCAGUUACGAAAUAGACAACCAUAUACGCCCUCUGUCACCUGCAGCCUUGCGGGUACCCUUAAAGGCUAGCUUCCACUCAGGAAAAUUAUCCGUGGAUUGGAACGGACAAGAAAAUUUUUCUUUGUGUUAAAGUCAUUAGUUCCAACCCGGAGCUCAUAAGACAAAGAAAAAUUUUCUUGUCCGUUCCAAUCCACGGAUAAUUUUCCUGAGUGGAAACUAGCCUUGACAUAUCUUCUUACGAUUCAGCUUUUGUGCACUCAAUCAUUGCGAGGACGUUGGAAAUUUGGAAAAUCGAUAGUGAAAUCGAGUAUUACCUUUUGAAAAAUAUAGUUUACAAACUGUCUAGAAUUGCCAUGGAAGAGAGUCAGAUUUCACUAGAACAUCCUAUGGCACUUUAUAAUAUGGCAAGGCGAUCCAUCUGCACCAUGCGGCAUUUUGAUUGGUUCAUGAGCGGUCGGUAACCUGCAUAAUAUUACCUGGCAAUAUAUUAAUGGCAGGAGACUUUAAUUUUCAUAUAGACAACAUUAGAGAUUCAGAUACUAUUAAAUUCAACAAGAUACUGGAAUCGUUUAAUUUACAACAGCACGUCAAUGGGCCAACCCACAAGAAAGGCCACACCUUAGACUUGAUUAUAACAAGGAAUGAAGAUAAAUUAGUGACUGGUAUCAGAAUACAUGAUCCAGUAAUAUCAGAUCAUCUUGCCAUACAUUGUACAUUACAGUUAGAGAAACCACCAUUAGAACAAGCUGAAAUUUAUUAUCGAAAAUUAAACAAUGUAAACAUGGAUAGUUUCAAUGAAGAUCUAAAAGUACUAGAUUUAAAUGACGAUUAUGAUCUUUCAGUCCUUAUUGAUAAAUAUGAAAAUACGUUGAAAGAAACAUUACAGCAGCAUGCUCCACAAAAACGACGAAUUAUAACUCUUCGUCCUUUAUCACCAUGGUACAAUGAGGAGAUUGGUCAAGAAAAAAGAAAUCGCAGGAAACUAGAGCGCCGCUGGCGCGCAUCUGGACUAUGUAUUGACAGACAGUUAUAUGUCAAACAAUGUGAGACAGUGAAUGCCAUGAUAAAGAAUGCUAAGACAACAUACUACUCAUCGGUUAUUUCCAGUAAUGCACAUAAUCAGAUAGUGUUAUUUAGUACGGUUGAUAAAUUACUCCAUCGAAAGCCAGAAAAGCGCUAUCCAACUGCGUCAUCAACGACUGAACUUGUGAAUAAAUUUUCAGAUUUCUUCAAUAAUAAGAUUGCUAUUAUAUGGAGAGAACUAGCCAUCGAUUCUUCCCACUGUAAUCAGCGAAAUCAAGAGGAACAAUAUGCACAAUGCGUUAAAUUCAUUAACUUUCAAGAAGUCACGGAACAUGAGAUUGAAAAUGUUAUUGAUAAAGUUGGUAAAAAAUCUUGUGAACUUGAUCCAGUGCCCGCAAAAAUCUUUCAAGGUUGUCAGAAGACUCUCUUACCUAUAAUUACUAAGAUCAGUAAUGAGUCACUUCAGUCAGGUUGUAUGCCUGAGAUACUAAAAGAAGCCGUGUUGAAACCAAAACUAAAGAAAGAUUCGGUGGAUUACGAAGAAUACACAAAUUUCCGACCUAUUUCAAAUUUAAAAUUCCUGUCUAAAGUAAUUGAGAAGGUUGCUGCCGGUCAGCUUCUGGAACACUUGGCUAAUAACAAAUUAGAAGAACCCUUCCAGUCGGCAUAUAAACGUUUUCAUAGUGCAGAAACAACCCUAUUAAAAGUACAAAACGAUAUUCUUGUAGCCAUUGAUAAUCGUAAGUGUGUGGUGUUGCUAUUACUAGAUAUGUCAGCAGCAUUUGAUACUGUUGAUCACGAACUUUUACUACAACGAAUGUUCAAAAGAUUUGGGAUAGAUGGGCAAGUGUUGAGAUGGUUUCAGUCCUAUCUUCAGAAUAGAACGCAAAGUGUAGUGAUUGACGGUGUUAAAUCUAUCUCUAAAGACUUGCGCUGUGGAGUCCCACAAGGAUCAGUUCUCGGCCCUAUACUAUAUUUACUAUACACUUCACCCCUUGGUGAUAUCAUCAGAGGUCAUGAUCUUGAUUUUCACUUUUAUGCAGAUGACUCGCAAUUAUAUCUCGCUUUUGAGUCAACCACUGAAGGAAAAGCGGGAGCACUGGUACAAAUCGAAAUGUGUGUAAAGGAGAUUGAUUUGUGGAUGGUCAAAAUAAAUUUAAAUUGAAUGGGGACAAGACUGAGUUACUUGUAAUCAAUGCACGAAAUCGUUUAUGUCCUGCUGUACACCAUAUAGAAAUAUCUAAGUCAAUAGUUCAACCAAGUACUUCAGCACGAAACAUCGGUGUAACCUUCGAUCAACACAUGUCCAUGGAUAAACAUAUUACCAACAUUUGCAAGAACUGUUUUUUCCAUUUGAGAAAAAUAGCAAGAAUAAAAGAGUACUUAUCAAAAUCAGAUAUCCAAACCCUAGUUCAUGCCUUUAUUACAUCGAAACUAGAUAAUUGCAACUCUUUGCUAUGCGGACUACCUAAAUUUCUUAUAGAUCGAUUACAGAAUGUGCAAAACUGUGCUGCUCGUCUGGUGACAGGAAGCAGAAAAUACGACCAUGUUACUCCAUUAAUGAAACAAUUACAUUGGCUCCCCAUCAGUCAACGCAUCAUCUAUAAAAUUGUUCUUAUCACGUAUAAAUCUCUGAAUGGCUCAGCUCCACAUUACAUUAAUAAUAUGCUAAAACCUUACACACCAUCAGCAAAUUUACGCUCCUCAUCCAAAGGAUUGCUUACCAUACCUUCAGUAAAACUAGUGAACUAUGGUGAACGAUCGUUCUCAUAUGCUGCACCGAAACUGUGGAACGAACUGCCAGAGUAUAUUAGAAAGAGUGAGACCUUGCCUAUUUUUAAAACCAGAUUAAAGACACAUCUUUUUAAACAGUAUUAUGACUAAGUUAUUAUUUUAACAAGAUUAUUAGCAAUUUUAUAGUAUUCUAUAUAGUUGUUGUUUUAAUAUUAUCAACAUACAUAACAUAAAGUAAUUUUAUAUUCUUAACGAGAAGAGCAUAUAAUUAUUUUUUAGUAAUUUUAUAGUAUAGUAAUUUUAGUAGUUAAUGCAUGCACUAUGUUCUAACACUUAGUAUAUAUUUUUAACACUUGAUGUUAAGCGCUAUUGAGCUAUGGGAAAUGGCGCUAUAUAAAUGAAUUAUAAUAAUAAUAAUAAUAAUAAUAAUAAUAUAUAUAUAAAAAAUAUUACUCGACUGUGAUUAGUUGAUUUCAUUGCAGUUCGUGAAUAUGAAACAGCAGUGCAAAAUUUAUGAUCACGAUGAUUGCAUCGUGAUCAUAAAUUUUGCACUGCUGUUUCAUAUUCACGAACUGCAAUGAAAUCAACUAAUCACAGUCGAGUAAUAUUUUUUAUAUAUAUAUUAUUAUUAUUAUUAUUAUUAUUAUUAUUAUUAUUAUUAUUAUUAUUAUUAUUUUUGUAAUCACAGUGCAUUUUUUUGUAAUCACAGAACAUUUUAUGUAUAUUAUUAAUACGUAAUAUGAUGGUUUCACGUGAAAUUUGGACAAAACAAGCACUCGUGAGUUUUUCGAAGACCUCAAAUAGCACUCAUCCUUCCUUGAAAAACUGUUUUAUUAAUCUUUUAUCCAUGAAAUUGCACUCGAAACCAUUCCUAUAACCUAUACUUGAAGCACGGACUGCCCACUGAUCACAUAGCAUGACCGCGCUAAGAUCAUUCCUUGCAGUAAAUGAGAGACUAUAAAUAUCUGACAUGGGUAAAUGUAAAGAUUUUGUUGGCAUCCAACUAACCAACAGCAAUGUUUUAGGAAAGUUACCUAUCCGCGACUCGAACAAUAGGGUAUAAAUUGGAAAUUGCCAUUGGCGGAUUGGGGAAAACUACAAUACACACGUGACGGUGAAGGACCAGAUUUAUGAAUAAACGUUGACUAACAUAGAUAAUGAAUUAUAUUGUUAUUCUAAUGAGUUUCACAGCCAUCUUCCCUUCGAUAGGCUAAUCCACCUUAUCACAACCCGCACACACGAUUACCUAUAUAUACAUGAAAUUGCGGUUACAGCUCAACAACUGGCUUCUGUAGCUCAGUUGGUUAGAGCGAUGCACUGGUAUCGCAGGGUCGUAGGUUCAAUUCCUACCAGAGGACCUUGUGCUGCAUUUUUCGCAGUCGUUGCUAGUUAGGUCUUAAAAUUUAUAUAUUCUCACUUGGAUUACAAACCCUAACAUCCUAAUAUAAGUUCAGAUGAUACUGUCGUUUAGACUGGCCUUUGGACGCCCAAAUUCCGGGUGGGAAAGGAAAAUUAUUUUCAAUUAUUUCCCUACGUAUAUUAAUAUGUCCGAAACGAAUUAGCUUCAAUUCUCAUUAUUAUUAUACAUUUGACAUUUUGAUCGAUUUGAUGGUGGACCUGGCUGAACGAAAAUGUCGUAGUUAAGUAAAGAAACAUAAUGAUUUUUGCCAGACGUUCUCUGGUUGGAAAUUUUUAUUCACGAGCUUUCGGCUGCCAGACUGCAGCAUACACUGUAUUUUAUAAUUUUAAAAUAAACUGUAUUUUAUAACUACCCGUUGGAGGCUGCAGUCUGGCAGCCGAAAGCUCGUGAAUAAAAAUUUCCAACCAGAGAACGUCUCAAAAAUCAUUAUGUUCAAUCCUGGUCGCACUUCCAGCAUAUCUAAGAAACAUAGCGGCACAAACUCACAAAGGCAAAGCCAAUUGUGUUUCGAACGAGCUUGGAACAGAUACUGACAUGCAGUAACGUAAACUUCAAAGGUUUUCCAGAGGAACGGUUUCCCCCCCCCCCCCCGCUCUUUACUGUAGAGUAUCGUUAUACCAAAAUUGGACGCCCUCUUUCAGGACUCUGGCUAAAAGCCUGGUUAUACCUACUAGUGUAAAUCAUUUCGCAUAUACUAUAUGAUCAGAUGUCGUUGCCGUCUAGUUAAAAGUUUUUAAUGCGGGUUUCAUUAUAAUUGCAAUAUCUUGUGCAGCUGAUGGAGCCAUGGGGAUCAAAGUGAGAAAUAUUAAAAGCUAAUUGCUUUCAUAUUACACUGUACUUUCAGAAUGAAGAUGUUAACAUAUGGUGUGAGACUGUUCAAUAAGAAGAACCUAUUUCUGAUAUUUGGCUGUCUGUUGAUAGCUGUUUUCUCAUUUCUCUUCUUAGUGAAACUGAAAGGUAAUCUUUUAAAAUAUGAGUAAUCAUGCUUUGAAUAGAGAUGACGGUACCUAUUUGUCAGAGGAAUAUAUGCAUCUCAUUGGCAGGUGACGUCAUCCCUUGGGUAUUUAAGAAGCCACGAUUGCAACUUUCAAUCACCCCUGAUGAAGACACCAGACUGGAGUGUCGAAACGUUGGGUCUUGAUUACAAUUCGACUGGGCUUUGUAAACAUUUAUUUAAACAAGAGUAGCGAGCGAAACAUGAUUGAUAUAAUUGUUUUUGUUUGUGGAAACACCACGUAAAUUUAUUACUGCAAAGCUUUCGAUCCGAAAGCUUUGCAGUAAUAAAUUUACGUGGUGUUUCCACAAACAAAAACAAUUAUAUUUUAUCGCCAUGCAAACAUUCAAAGAACUUAUGAUUGAUAUACCUGGUUGCAGUGAACGAACAAACUUUAAAUGUAAUUACGACUUCAUUUCAUACUUAACGUGUUUGAAAAUUUCAGGUAACACUCCAUGUACGGAAUGUGUUAUGCCAGGGGAAAAUGACAGCACAACGCCAG